GUUUGAAGAGAGAAAGAAAUCGAAAAGAAUGGGGAAGCGAGAGAGGUGAGAAGCCCAAGAAAUCAGCAUUAAUCACGCCCCAUCCCCUCUCUCAUCAAUCUGGACUUGGUUUCUUUCUCUCUCGUUUCUUUUACCCGCUCGGCUUCUCUUCAACGUCGUCGUCGAAUCCUUGAUUUUCUAUCAGGCGAGUGUCUUGGAUUAAAGGGUGAAAUGAUGAUUCCAAGCCAUUUUCGUUCCCAUUUUUUAUUAAUUUGUGUUGCGGAUUAGAAAUUUUUUAAACCGCUCGUGAUUUUGAUUUUGAUUAUUUAUUUAUAAAUUUCGUCGCCGGUGGGUGGGAUUGAUCGGAGUCGGGGAGUACGACUGGGUUUUGAAUAUUGGGCCCAAUUGAAAAUGGGCAAAACGGUCAUUUUGCUUUUGCGUAACCGUGUUGGUCGUCCUUCAGGGUCAAAUCCGACUUUUCAUAUUGCUGGUUUCCCAAACCGACGGAGUUGUGGCACAUCGUUAGCUUUCAAAUCACCAAAGAUUUAGGAAACGUAGAAGGGGCGAUGACCAUCCAUCGUUGUCCAACACGUGGCACGUUUCUAUACGUUGGAUUUUGUUUCUUUAUUGGCUUAUUUUUUUAUAAUUACUUCGUAUUUAUGUUCUUGCAGAAUUGAGGAUUGACAUUGACGCACGCUAUAAGGGAGAAGCUUCUGAGUUGGUGCGUGUGGUCGGGCUGUCAAUUGGACAGCCCCAUUUUAUUGAACAAAGUCCAAUUCCAGGUAAGGCGGAUGUGGUGAUUCUUUGAAUUUUUGACUUGUUUUUCAUGUUUUCCUCAUGUUUAUUGAUUCAGUUUUGAAGUAUUUGUCUCUUCAAAUAUUGGAGUUGGUGGGGGCGUUUGGUUGAUUAUUUUAGCCUUCUGGGUCAGGUUCAAAUUCACAGUGCGUUGUGAUUUUGUACAGAGAUCGGUGUCAUUGUAGUUUUUACCUUUUUAGGUCUUCUUCAAGUUCACAAUUCUUUUUUAUUUUGUGUAUUUUGUGUUGGGAUUGGGUUCGUUGUGGUAUUUGGCCAUCUGUGUCAUCGUCAAAAUCAUAUUCCUUUGUGAAUUUGUGGAAGGGUUCGUAUCAUUGUAGUUUUUGGCUUUUUGGGUCAUCUUCAAAUUCACAGUUCUUUCUGAUUUUGUGUUGGAGUUAGAUUCAUUUGGGUUUGUGGCCUUCCGGGUCAUCUUCAAAUCCUCAAUUCUUUUGAUUUUGUGCAGGGGUUGGUGUCAUUGUAGUCUUUUGCAUCCUGGGUGAUCAUCGAAUUCACAUGAUUGAUAUCCGUGUUGGGUUGAAUGAAGAUUGUUUGAUAUUGGUAUGAGAGAUUUUUGUGGUAUUGUUUGUCAAUUAUGGGUUCCAUGUCCGGAAUCCUUCAACGCCCUCUUAUUGCCGCCACUGCCGUUGCUGUAGCUUCUGUCUCCUCUGAUCUAUCCGACAAAUUGCAGCCUCUAAAGUCAUCUGAAACUAGUUCUACCUUGAAACCGAUUUGUGAUAGUCCGGCACAAGAAUCAAAGUCAUCAUGGGUGUCUCACAUAUCUCUCUCCAAGCUUUCAAAUUUCUCCUUUGUUUCAAGGGUUAGGGUGCCUGUACCUCAUAUUAAUUAUUAUCCAGUUCCUAAUUCGCCUUCCGGUUUUGCUCCAAAUUUGUUAUCUUCUUCAGUUGUUUCUUCCCCAACUCUGAUCAAUUUAUAUCAGUCUGCAGAGUUGGCCAAAGCCCCAAAGCCAACUACAUUUAAACAUAGUAUACCUGCCUUGGCCUCUGAUGUUUUGUAUAGAUGGCAUUUACCCGACCCUAAUGCUUGUGAUGUUUUGGAGGAUUCUGAUUGUUCAUCGGUGAAGUCUAGGACAGUGGUAGUUUUGCUUGGAUGGUUGGGAGCGAGGCAGAAACAUUUGAAAAGAUAUGCAGAGUUGUAUACAUCAAUGGGGUUUCAUGCUAUUACUUUUACUUUUCCCAUGGCUGAGGUUCUUAGUUACAAGGUUGGCGGAAAAGCCGAGCAGAAUGUAGACUUGCUUGUAAACCAUCUGGCUGAAUGGCUAGAAGAGGAGCAUGGGAAGAACUUGGUUUUUCACACUUUUAGCAACACCGGAUGGUUAAUAUAUGGAGCCAUUCUGGAGAAGUUUCAGAAGCAGGAUCCAUCUUUAAUGGGAAGAAUUAAGGGUUGCAUUGUGGAUUCUGCUCCUGUUGCAGCCCCCGACCCACAGGUCUGGGCCUCUGGAUUCUCUGCUGCAUUUCUGAAAACACGUAGUGUUGCUACAAAAGGAACUAUUAGAUAUGAUGAAUCAGGCAUGGAGGAAUUUGUUGACAGGAAAGCUGUUGCAGAACCCAAACCUGCGAUAACCGAAGCUGCAUUGCUAGUAGUUCUAGAGAAGUUCUUUCAGGUGGUUUUGAAUCUUCCUUCAGUUAACAGGAGGCUCUCUGAUGUGCUGGGGCAACUGUCAUUGGGACAACCCAACUGUCCACAGCUAUACAUAUACAGCUCUGCAGACAGAGUCAUCCCUGCAGGGUCCGUGGAAACGUUCAUAGAAGAGCAGCGGAAGGCUGGGCGUGAGGUCAGGGCAUGCAACUUCAUCUCAACACCCCAUGUGGAUCAUUUCCGAAAUGACCCUAAACUCUAUACUUCCCAGCUCACCCAGUUUCUGGAUGACUAUGUGCUCAACUGUUGCAAGUGUUCUUCCUAAAUCAGAUGACUAAACCACCAUUGAUCCUGACUGUCAUUCUUUUUUUUUUUUUUCCCAUAAAUUAUACAGACACAGCUUAUACUUCAUUCCUUGGUGUAGAGGUUGUUGCAUGCAACGAGCUGAACAAUAGGCCAUUAACCAUUCUUUGAGCUUGGUUAGAUGUGAUAAAAACUUGUCAAAUAUCAAAUAUGUGAACAGUUAUAAUUCAUCCAAUACAAAUCAGUCUUUGAAGGAUUAA